UACAGAGGCAUUUUUGUCAAGCGACUAGAAGUUAACCAACUUAACUACCUACUCUGUUUAUUACACACAUACCCGCCAGAAGAUUCAUUGUCAAGAAAUGGCCACAGUCCAGCUCUAUCAUGGGACCCCACCACCUAAAACAUCUACUCACAAACAUCAUUUUACUACAGAUUACACUAUAGAAUCGUGUUCAUCUAUGUCUGAACUUAAGCAGUUUCAUGGCCAAUUCAUCAAACUUGGUCUGUCAUAUGACAAUGAUGCUAUGGGGAGAGUAAUUAAAAUCAGUGCUAUUUCAAAUUUUGGUGAUUUCAGUUAUGCCCUCAAGGUGUUUGAUUUAUUGCCCCACCCAGAUGCUUUUAUUUAUAAUACUGUUUUUAGAGGGUACCUAAGUUGUCAUUAUGUGAAAGAUUGUAUUUUGAUGUAUUGUGAGAUGAUGAAAAGAGGGGUUUGGCCUAAUAAGUUUACGUUUCCUCCUGUGAUAAGGGGUUGUUCUGUUGGGAAUGGGGUUGAAGAGGGGAGGCAGAUACAUGGGCAGGUUUUGAAGUUUGGGUUUGUGGAUGAUGGGUUUUGUCAGAAUAAUUUGAUUCAUAUGUAUGUGAGUUUUGGGUGUUUGGAGGAAGCUAGGAGGGUUUUUGAUACGAUGGGUAGGCGGGAUUCUGUUACGAUGACAACUUUGAUUAGUGGGUAUGCUAAGUCGGGUUUUGUUGAUGAAGCUCGUGAGGUUUUUGAGUUGGUCACGGAGAAAAGUUCUGUUCUUUGGAAUGCGAUGAUUGCUGGUUAUGUUCAGAGUGAUUGGUUUCAUGAGGCUUUUGUUCUUUUUGAUAGGAUGAGAAAGGAGGAAGUGGAGCUGGAUAAAUAUGUGGCUGCGAGUAUGUUGUCAGCUUGUACUGGUUUAGGAGCUCUUAAACAGGGAGAGUGGAUACAUGAGUACAUUAAGAAGAGUGGGAUUGAUGUUGAUCCAAAACUUGCAACAACGAUUAUUGAUAUGUAUUGCAAAUGUGGUUGCUUGGAUAAGGCUUUUGAAGUUUUUAAUGGGCUUCCUGUAAAAGGAAUCUCAUCUUGGAAUUGCAUGAUCGGGGGCUUAGCUACGCAUGGGAAAGGGGAAGCUGCUAUUGAACUUUUGAAGUUAAUGGAAAGAGAAAAGGUAGAACCUGACUACAUUACAUUUGUGAAUAUAUUAAGUGCAUGUGCUCAUUCUGGUCUGGUUAAAGAAGGCCAGUAUUAUUUCCAUUACAUGACUGAAGUUUAUGGUAUUGAACCCGGAAAAGAGCAUUUUGGGUGCAUGGUUGACUUGUUAGGUAGAGCUGGAAAGCUGGAGGAGGCAAAAAAGAUUGUGAAUGGUAUGCCUAUGGCUCCAGAUGUGGGUGUAUUGGGAGCUCUUCUUGGAGCUUGUAGAAUUCAUGGGAACAUCGAGCUUGGAGAGGAUAUAGGUAGGAGAGUAAUUGAGCUAGAGCCUCAAAAUAGUGGGCGUUACGUGCUUUUAGCUAAUCUAUAUGCCAAUGCCGGAAGAUGGGAAGAUGUUGCAAAUGUAAGAAAACUGAUGAAUGACAGGGGAGUUAAGAAGGCUCCUGGGUUUUCCUUGAUUGAAUUUGAAGGUGUUGUUAAUGAGUUCAUUGCAGGAGGAAGAGCUCAUCCCGAAGCUAAAGAAAUAUAUGCCAAAGUCGAUGAAAUGCUGAACUGUAUCAGAACUAUAGGCUAUGUUCCUGAUACUGAUGCAGUAUUGCAUGACAUGAAUGAAGAGGAAAAAGAGAACCCCUUGUUCUUUCACAGUGAAAAACUUGCUAUCGCAUUUGGUUUGUUAAAGAGUAAACCUGGGGAUAUCAUUCGUAUUACAAAAAACUUGAGAGUAUGCAAGGACUGUCACCAAGCAAGUAAGCUGAUCUCGAAGUUGUUCAAACGGGAGAUAAUUGUAAGGGAUAGAAACAGGUUUCACCAUUUUCAAGGAGGGAAAUGUUCUUGUAACGACUACUGGUAAUGUUAGAUACUAAGUUAAACGAACUCUGCAAAAAAAAAAGAGAAAUGAAAAAGAUCUAACCUAAUAGUUCUUGUUUCCUUCAGAAAUCUCAAAAGUGACUUGUGUUUUGCUAAUGUAUUUGAGUUUGUAUCCCUUGUUGA